AUGCGCCAGCAAGGACUCGGGGAGGAGUCUGUGUCCCCAGGGAGUCCCCUGGAAGUGACUCCAGGAAACGGAGAUGUCCAGGACCUGGCUGGAGAGGAGUGGUGUUGGCAAUGGGUUUUCUGCAACCAACCUGCCCGGGCUGACCGCUUCCUGGGAAAGGAGACCGAGCCGGGAGAGACCCCUUCAGGCGGGCCGCCGGGGCGCGGAGCCCAGCGCAUCCUGGCGGUGCCCGUGCGCACUGACGCCCAGGGCCGCUUGGUGUCCCACGUGGUGUCGCUGGCGGCGGCCGGUGCUGGGGUUCGAGCCCGCAGGGCUGCCCCGCUGCAGACCUCGGGCUUCCCGGAGGGCAGCGGGGAGGAGGACCCCGGCCGCCACCACGUCUUCUACAAUGUCACAGUCUUCGGUCGAGACCUGCACCUACGGCUGCGACCCAAUGCCCGCCUCGUGGCUCCGGGGGCCACGGUGGAAUGGCAGGAGGAGAGCGGUGCCACCCGCGUGGAGCCCCUGCUUGGGAGCUGCUUCUAUGUCGGGGACGUGGCGGGCUUAGCUAAAGCCUCCUCGGUGGCGCUCAGCAACUGCGAUGGGCUGGCUGGUCUUAUUCGGAUGGAGGAGGAGGAGUUCUUCAUUGAGCCUCUGGAGAAGGGGCUGGCAGAGCAGGAGGCUGAGCAGGGCCGUGUACAUGUGGUAUACCGUCGACCACCCACUCCCAAGCCCCCUCCUCUGGGGGGACCACAGGUCCUGGACACAGGAGCCUCCUGGGGAAACCUGGACAGCCUGAGCCGAGCCCUGGGUGUCCUGGAGGACCGCAUCAAUAGCUCUAGGCGGAGAACACGCAGGCACGUGACAGAUGAUGACUACAACAUCGAGGUCCUGCUGGGCGUGGAUGAUUCUGUUGUCCAGUUCCACGGGAAGGAGCACGUGCAGAAGUACCUACUGACACUAAUGAACAUCGUCAAUGAAAUCUAUCACGACGAGUCUUUGGGCGCCCACAUUAAUGUCGUUCUGGUGCGGAUUAUCCUGCUGAGCCAUGCAAAGUCCAUGAGCCUCAUCGAGAUCGGGAACCCCUCUCAGAGCCUGGAGAACGUCUGCCGCUGGGCCUACCUGCAACAGAAGCCGGACACAGACCACGAUGAGUACCAUGAUCACGCCAUCUUCCUCACCCGGCAGGACUUCGGGCCUUCGGGCAUGCAAGGCUAUGCUCCUGUCACCGGGAUGUGCCACCCCGUCCGCAGCUGUACCUUGAACCACGAGGAUGGCUUCUCUUCGGCCUUUGUGGUAGCACACGAGACGGGCCAUGUGCUGGGCAUGGAACACGACGGGCAGGGCAACCGCUGUGGCGACGAGGUGAGGCUGGGCAGCAUCAUGGCGCCCCUGGUGCAGGCCGCCUUCCACCGCUUCCACUGGUCCCGCUGCAGCCAGCAAGAGCUGGGCCGCUACCUGCACUCCUAUGACUGCCUGCGGGAUGACCCCUUCGCCCACGACUGGCCAGCGCUGCCCCAACUCCCCGGCCUGCAUUAUUCCAUGAACGAGCAGUGUCGCUUCGACUUCGGCCUGGGCUACAUGAUGUGCACUGCGUUCCGGACCUUUGACCCCUGCAAACAGCUAUGGUGCAGCCACCCUGACAACCCCUACUUUUGCAAAACCAAGAAGGGCCCCCCCCUGGAUGGGACUAUGUGUGCACCUGGCAAGCAUUGCUUUAAGGGACACUGCAUCUGGCUGACACCUGACAUCCUCAAACGGGAUGGCAACUGGGGUGCCUGGACUCCAUUUGGCUCCUGCUCCCGCACCUGCGGCACAGGUGUGAAGUUUAGGACCCGCCAGUGUGACAACCCACACCCAGCCAAUGGUGGCCGCACCUGCUCAGGCCUUGCCUACGACUUCCAGCUCUGCAACCCCCAGGACUGCCCAGACACCCUGGCCGACUUCCGGGAAGAGCAGUGCCGGCAGUGGGACCUGUACUUUGAGCAUGGAGAUGCCCAGCAUCACUGGCUGCCCCAUGAACACCGGGAUGCCAAAGAGAGGUGUCACCUCUACUGCGAGUCCAAGGAGACUGGAGAGGUGGUGUCCAUGAAGCGCAUGGUACAUGAUGGCACACGCUGCUCCUACAAGGAUGCCUUCAGCGUCUGUGUGCGUGGCGACUGCAGGAAGGUGGGCUGUGACGGGGUGAUCGGCUCCAGCAAGCAGGAGGACAAGUGUGGCGUGUGUGGUGGGGACAACACCCACUGCAAAGUGGUCAAGGGCACAUUCACGCGCUCGCCCAAGAAACACGAUUACAUCAAGAUGUUUGAGAUCCCCUCCGGAGCCAGACACCUGCUCAUCCAGGAGACAGACAGUGCCAGCCACCAUCUGUCCGUCAAGAGCCUGGAGACAGGCAAGUUCAUCUUGAAUGAAGAGAACCACGUGGACCCCAAUUCUAGAUCAUUCAUUGCCUUGGGCGUGGAGUGGGAAUACAGGAAUGAGGACGACAGGGAGACGCUGCAGACCAUGGGUCCCCUGCACGGCACCAUCACUGUCCUGGUUAUCCCAGAAGGAGAUGGCCGGAUCUCGCUGACCUACAAGUACAUGAUCCACGAGGAUUCGCUCAAUGUCGAUGACAACAAUGUCCUCGAAGAUGACUCUGUGCGCCACGAGUGGGCCUUGAAGAAGUGGUCUCCUUGCUCCAAGCCCUGCGGUGGAGGGUCUCAAUUCACCAAGUAUGGCUGCCGCCGGAAGCUGGACCACAAGAUGGUGCACCGAGCCUUCUGCGGCGCUCUCCCGAAGCCCAAGGCCAUCCGUCGAACCUGCAACCCCCAGGAGUGCUCCCAGCCUGUGUGGGUGACCGGCGAAUGGGAGCCCUGCAGUCAGAGCUGCGGGCGGACCGGCAUGCAGGUGCGCGCCGUGCGCUGCAUCCAGCCCCUACACAACAACACCACCCGAUCUGUGCACACCAAACACUGCAAUGACAACCGGCCCGAGAGCCGCCGAGCCUGCAACCGAGAGCUCUGCCCUGGUCGCUGGCGGGCUGGGCCCUGGUCCCAGUGCUCGGUAACCUGCGGCAAUGGCACCCAGGAGCGGCCAGUGCUCUGUCGCACGGGGGAUGACAGCUUUGGUGUCUGCCUGGAAGCGCGGCCUGAGACAGCCCGGAUCUGCAGGCUUGGUCCCUGUCCCCGAAACACCUCCGAUCCAUCGAAGAAGAGCUACGUGGUUCAGUGGCUGUCCCGGCCCGACGCAGAUGCACCCAUGGCGAAGACCUCGUCAAAGGACCACUGCCAAGGUGACAAGUCAAUGUUCUGUAGGAUGGAAGUCUUGUCUCGCUAUUGCUCCAUCCCAAGCUACAACAAACUCUGCUGCAAAUUCUGCAAUCUGCAAAACAACCUCACCGACCUGGACGACCGGGCAGAGCCACCGCCGGGGAAACACAACGACAUCGAGGUGUUCAUGCCCACGCUCCCAGGACCCACCCUAGCCACGCAGACACAGCCUUCGCCGGGCGCCAGCCCGGAGAUCCCUCUCAAUGUCUCCAGCGUCAAUGCCUCCAGCACCGAGGACCACCCAGAAACCAAUGCUCUAGAUGUCCCCUACAAGGUCCAUGGCCUGGAUGACGAAGCCCAACCGCCCAACUUAAUCCCCCGACGACCGAGCCUGUAUGAAAAGACCAGGAACCAAAGGAUCCAGGAGCUCAUUGAUGCAAUGCGGAAGAAAGAGGCGCGCCGGAAGGCCUAAUAAAAUGCAAAGA